AUGACAGCGGGGCAGCCGUGCGGGCCGCGAAGAAAUUGUCCCCAGCUCGGAGAUGUUGUUGAUUCCGCCCACAACUCUCCCCUUUCGUGGCCACUUCUCCUUUCCAUCCACCCCUCUCCCCUCACACCAUGGCUAUCCAGUGCGUGUUCGCUCUCCGUCAGAUCAACGGAAAAUGCGCUAACCUCAUCCUCUAGCUAUUUGAUUUUGCUCUCCCGCCAAGGCAAAGUGAUAAUUUUGCUUCAGCGCCUUGCCAAAUGGUUCACUACUCUCUCCCCCAAGGAGAAGGCCAAGAUCAUCAAGGAUGUGACCCAGCUCGUUCUGUCCCGUCGCACGCGGAUGUGCAAUUUCCUUGAGUAUAAGGAUACCAAAGUCGUUUACCGUCGCUAUGCCUCCCUGUUCUUCAUCGCCGGAUGCGCUUCCGAUGACAACGAGCUGAUCACCCUCGAAAUCGUGCACCGAUACGUCGAGCAAAUGGACAAGUACUACGGCAACGUGUGCGAGCUGGACAUCAUCUUCAACUUCCAAAAGGCAUACUUCAUUCUGGACGAGUUAUUGUUGGCAGGCGAGAUGCAGGAAAGCAGCAAGAAGAACGUCUUGCGGUGCAUUAGCCAGCAAGACAGUCUGGAAGACAUGGAGGUGAGUGAUGACCACGCCCCUGAGUGGAUGGAGACCGCCUAG